AUGGCGCUGAAGUGGGCACAGAACCACAGCGCGGUGAUGUUGGUCGCACGGUUCGCGCCAAAGUGGGACUCGCCCGGCGCCAACCUGGCGGUCCACUCCACCGAGCGCGGCCGCGGGCACGUCGACAAGGAGCGCACCGCGGCGAGGAUCAAGGAGCUGCUGCAGGUGAGCAUCACCGCAAGGCGCGUCUCCGCGGACAUCAUCGCGGAGGCGGGCAGCGCACGCAAGCGGUACAGGCUGGAGGCCGAGCUGUUCGACUGCAUCCCCCGGGGGGCAGGGGAACGUGGGGGUCCAGGCCUCCCGAAGGGCAGCAUGCAGAUGAGCACCGGGGCGCAGAUACCCGAGCUGGUGCUGACGCUGCGGAAGCGGUGGCCGGGCCCCAGGCCCUGGGCCCGCCUCACCGCCGCGGCCGCGGGCGCGGGGGCCCUGGCGCCGCCGUGGUGGGCGGACGCCCCAGGCCUCACGGAGCAGGGCACCGCCGCCCUGCGCGAGCACCCCGAGCGGGGGGCCACCCCGCCGACCUGCGGCCACGGGGGCGCCCUCUUCUGCAGCACCCUGGACGCGUGCGUGCCGAGCUGCGAGGCAUGCCAGGGGGCAGGCCUGACCCGUACCGGCGAGCACCGCUGCGUGGGCCAUCCUCGGGCCGUUGCCGCGCGGCGUGCCGCCUUCACGGACACGGACCUCCGCCCCGCCUCCGUCGGAGGCCCGCUGAGGUGGGAGUACCAGCUCGGCGAGCUGCUCGACGACUUCGUGGACUCCUUCUCCGUGCAAUGGGGCGCCAGCGAGACGGAGGCUCUCGGAGACUCCAUGGAAGCAUCCCCGUCUACGCCGAUGACGAGCUGCAGGUGGAGCUCCCGAACGGCACGGAGCCGCCCCCGGGCGCGUGCUGCCUCCUGGUGUUCGCGGUCGGCGAGGUUGGCCGCUCGCUCGUGCUCGCCGCGCACGUGCAGGACAGGGUGA